AUGGCAGACUUUCCCACCUUGAAGCCGGCAUUCACCAUGCAGGUCUUGAUCGACCCUCCAGUGAACGUAGGAAGUACAGCGAAGAACUGCAACUUCGUAGUCACGCCCAUGGUCGGCGGCACCGUCAAGAGCGAGCCUGGUUUCUUGCCCGCUUUCAACGGCCAGCUUGCUAGCAAUGGCAAUGAUUAUAUCCGCACCGACCCAGACGGUAAACGUCUACGGCUGGAUGCCCAUACUGUAGUCAAAACAGAUACGGGAGCUUCUGUGUAUAUCAAUUAUACCGGAGUCGUUGACUUGACUCCCGAGAUCAAUGCCAUUCUCACUGGCAGGGAAGAGGCAGCAAGCACCCAGUUUGGGAAUAUAUCCACUACCCUUAAGUUCGAGAGCGGAGACGCCGAUCAUGCGGCCCUCGAGAACGGUAUCUUCGUUGCCUCUGGUCGAUUCAUUUACGAGAAAGGUCAGAAGCCAAUUGUAGACUAUAAGGUCAGCCAGGUCUGUAAAGGUUGA